CUCUGAACUCUGUCGCCGCUCUGAUCCGAUUCAUAUAUUCCGAUCAAGUGGAAACUUCGAUGCCUUUUGUCCUUCUAUUGUGACCCUCAAAACGUCCAUUUUCUCCGAAGAGCCCUAGCGAAACUCCGAUCUCUGCGACAUGGGAGACUACAACGACCCCUUCAUGCGCGGCCAGAACGCCGCCGUCCAGGCCCGGACCAAGGCGCAGAACCGCGCCAAUGUUCAACAGCUCAAGCUGAUUGGGCAAAGCCACCCUACUGGUUUAACAGCUAAUCUUCUGAAGCUUUUUGAGCCUCGGCCACCUUUGGAGUAUAAACCCCCUCCAGAGAAAAGGAAAUGCCCUCCAUACACAGGAAUGGCACAAUUUGCGAGUAACUUUGCUGAGCCAGGUGAUCCUGAGUAUGCUCCACCAGUUAAGGAAGCUGAAACACCUGCACAAAGAAGAGCCAGAAUCCAUAAGUUACGACUGGAGAAGGGUGCUGAAAUGGCUGCUGAGGGGUUGAAGAACUACGAGCCCAAUAGUGACCCAAAUAUUUCUGGAGAUCCAUAUAAGACAUUGUUUGUUGCUAGACUUAGUUAUGAGACAAACGAGAGUAGAAUUAAAAGGGACUUUGAAGCUUAUGGACCAAUUAAGCGGGUUCGCUUGAUUACUGAUAAAGUGACAAACAAGCCCAGAGGCUAUGCUUUCAUUGAGUACGUGCAUACUAGGGAUAUGAAAGCUGCAUAUAAACAAGCUGAUGGCAAGAAGAUUGACGGAAGAAGGGUGCUUGUGGAUGUAGAGCGAGGUAGGACAGUUCCAAAUUGGCGUCCUCGCAGACUUGGUGGUGGACUUGGAACCACCAGGGUUGGAGGUGAAGACAUUAACCAGAGGGAGCAACUGCAGUCAGGGCCAUCCCGUUCUGAGGAGCCAAGAAUACGAGAUGAUCGUGAUAGGGAAAGAUCCCGUGAAAGAGCAAGGGAACGAGAAAAGUCCCAUGAGCGCUCCCAUGACAGACCAAGGGAUCGUGAUAGGGAGGAAAAGCAUUAUAGAGAGCGAGAGAGAACAAGAGAUAGAGACAGAGACAAAGAGAGAGAUAGGGGGGAAAGGGAGAGAGAUCGAGGUCGUGAUCGUGACCGAGGCCGUGAACGUGAUCGAGCUCGGGAUCGUGGUCGUGACCAUGAGCGUGACCGAGAAAGAGAUCGUGAGCGGGAUCGUGAUAACCUCCGUGAGAGGGAGAGGGACAAAGACAGGGAUUAUGAUGUUGGUGAGCAUGAUCAUGACCGUGGGCAGUCACGUGAUAGGGAAUCUGAGUAUGAUCGUGUUGAGUCCAAACAUGAAAGGGACCGACAUGGUGAGAGGGAAUAUGAUCGUGGUGAGGAAGAACAUGGAUGGUAUGAACAGCAUGACCAGCAUGACCAGCACUACGAGCAUCGUCGAGGUCGGGGAGACUAUGAGCAUUUGGAUGCACAAGGCGACCAUGAUCGCUAUAAUCAAUAUGAGCAUGACCGUGAUCGUUAUGAUCGAAUGGAUGAGGAUGAUUACCAUUAUGAUCAUGACCGGGACAGGACUCGUGAUCUAGAACAUGAAUAUCGACGCUCAGACAGGUCAGUUUCCCGUGAGUAUGAUCACUAAGAAUGUUGUUUCUCCUGGAUUCAAGAAGACAGUUUUUGUUCCUGUGUUCUAUCCCUUUAUUUAGUUUUGUUCUUAGUUCAGAAGUUUCUGUUCCCUGUCAGCAUGGGUUUCGACUUUAUUUUUUUUGUUAUUAAGAACCUUAAAGACUAAGGUUGUGUGUGAAGUUCUAUGGAUGACUAUGACUAUUAAUAUUGUUGUAGUGUUGUUUUCUGUUUAGUGUUGGGAUUACCUGCUUAUGGUAUCAUAUGGUUAUGAUGAAUAAAGUUUGUGUUAAGCA